GUUAAAAUACACAUAUACCUAUUCAUACCCCUUAGCAACUGGCUACGUGUUUCACUUACACAUAUACCCCUUGACAGACUACAAAAGGAGAUCUGAAGAAUGUAAAGGUGGCCUCAAAUGACUCCGAAGACAUGCUACCCGUUCAGGAGGAAGCAAAAAUAGAGUUAGCUGAGGAACUAUCCAAAAUAAAGGUGGCAGAAUCAAAAGAUUUCACUAAGCCAGUAAAGUUAGAGAAAGAUGAGCAAAUACCGAACUUCAGACAAUACAAUGUUCAAAAUAAGACGUUCCCAUGCAAGCUCUCACAAAAUGUGAUGGUCUUCGAUGCUCCCAAAGAAAAGGUCAUUGUUCUGUUUCUAUAUACAUAAUACAUGUGUUGGUUUGUCAAAUAUGUCUAUAUCUGGUUUCAACCAUCUACCUUGGAGUGGCUUAACCUUUUAAAACUAUCAGUAGACUGUUCCUCAACAGUUUUUCUUGUAAUGUGCAAAAGAAGAUGAGGUUUUGGAGAAAACAACUACUUCAAAAGAAUCAGGCGUUGUUGACAUAAACUCAGACGUAAAGGUUUGUCAUGAAGCCAUUUGUUUAGAAAAUAAUGGUUAGGAUACUUGCUUUUACAUUUUUUUCCCUUUUUAGAAUUAUGUUUUCAAAAUUGAUAUCCUUGUAUAGUUUUCCAUUUCAUGCCAACCGCAACGGUCACUUCAACGCCGAUCCCGACGACGAUGACGACGAUAACAACAACUCCGGACCCCACUCAGGUGUGGGCUUUGAUCUCAUCUCGGGUCAUCAUCAAAACUCCGGCAAUAUGGCCUCACGCUGCCCCAAAGGCCGACCACCUGGCUCCAAGAACAAGCCAAAGCCAUCGAUGAUCAUCACACGGGAGAGCGCAAACACUCUCCGGGCCCCCAUCUUGGAGGUCGGAAGUGGCUGCGACAUCUUUGACUCCGCCGCCACCUAUGCCCGGAAGCGGCAGCAUGGGAUUUGUGUCCUCAGCGGAAGCGGCACCGUCACCAACGUCACGUUUCGGCAGCCCGCCGCAGCUGGAGUCGUGGUGACCCUCCACAGAAGGUUCGAGAUAAUUUCCCUUUUGGGAUCAUUCUUGCCCCCGCCUGUGCCACCGAGCGCCACUAGCCUCACCGUAUUCUUGGCCGGUGGACAAGGUCAGGUGGUCGGUGGGAAUGUUGUUGGAACCCUAAUUGCAGUCGGUCCGGCCAUUAUGAUAGCUUCCUCUUUCACGAAUGUGGCUUAUGACUCAUUUUUUGUUACGUUUUACUCAUUUCAUGAUAUGCAAUAUAUCAUUUUAAUUACAUAGCUACAGAUAAAUUUUUACGUAGCUAAUAUUGUAAACAAGUCUCAACUUCAUACUAAAAUGAUCAUACAACCCCCAACUCAUCAUUUUUUUGGAUUGACAUUU